AUGUACCAUAGGGUCUCCAAACCCGUUGAAACGGUCAAUGUGUGGCAUUUUGAAUCUGUCUGGGAGUCGUACGGUAGCCUCGGUGUACCCCUCCUCAAUGUUGGGAAUGGAGUUAAGGCCCUGUGCCUUUUUGAAUUGCUUCUCAGGCUAGCAGCAGCCGCUAACCCUAGCAGCAGCAGCAGCGGCGGCGAGGCGAGACGCCGGCGAUCGACAGCAGCAGCAGCGGCGGCGAGGCGAGACGCCGGCGAUUGGCAGCAGCAAAGCAACCGGCAAUCGGCAGCAGCAAAUCAACCGGCGAUCCGCAGCAACACAGCCCUGUACGAUGACAAUGCUAGUGUUGAAUCUACCGGAAGCCAUAUUGUUCCACCAGAAUCAUCUAAUUCUCAAACUAAUGUUUCCCCAUCUGAAUCUAAGCCUCCUAAACCCCCGAACAAAAGAAAGAGUGAGAGUAGUGGUGGGAGAGCACCAUCCUCGGUUUGGGACCAUUUUGAUAAGGUUAUAGGAGAAGAUGGGAAACGUAGAGCAGUGUGUAAGUAUUGUUAUAAAGAGUAUAUGGCCGAUUCUAGGACUCAUGGGACUAGUAAUUUGAGAAGUCAUACCCCUAAUUGCAAACAAUUUCCAAACAAUGAUAAAGAUGGGCAACAAACAUUGAGUUUUAAACCAAAACAAAAUGGCGAAGAGGGUGUUGAGGUUGUGGCAACAAGUUUUAGUUUUGAUGCUUGUAAAAGGGCUCUUGCCGAGAUGGUGAUUAUUGAUGAGUUACCUUUUCGAUUUGUGGGGGGAGUUGGGUUUAAAAGAUUUUGUAAUGUUGCCGUUCCUAAAUUCACACCAAUCCCAUCUCGUCAUACCAUAGCGAGAGAGGUGACAAACAUAUUCAACAAUGAGAGGGAUAAAUUGAGGAGAAUCAUAAACUUCCAACAAGUUGAAGAUCACAAGGGGGAAACUUUGGGUAGAAAAAUUGAGUUGUGCUUGCUUGAGUGGAACAUCGAUAGUAUCUUCAUUGUAACUGUUGAUAAUGCUAGUUCCAACAAUCUUACCAUUCAAUACUUGAGAAGGAAUACCAAAUAUUGGAAGGGGACCAUUUUGGAGCAUGAGUUUUUGCAUAUGCGGUGUUGUGUACAUAUUCUAAACCUUGUUGUGAGUGAUGGAUUGAAGGAAAUGGAUGAUUUUAUUGCAAAUAUUAGACUUGCAGUCAGGUAUGUGAGGUCUUCUCCUAAUCGGCAAGAUGCUUUUAAGAAGUGUGCGGCCUAUCUAAAACUUGUGACUACUGCUCUUGUAUGCCUAGAUGUACCAACAAGGUGGAAUUCCACAUAUUUAAUGUUGGAGGCUGCUGAAAAGUUUGAGAAGGCUUUUAACCGUUUGAAGUAUGAAGACUCCAAUUUUGAAACUUACUUCAAGGAUGUUGAUGGUGGGAUUAGGAGGAUUCCAAAUGAGGAGGAUUGGAAAAAAUGUAGGUUGUUUGUGAGAUUUUUAAAACUAUUCUAUCUUGCAACAAAGAAAUUUUCCGGGUCCCUUUUUGUUACUUCCAAUGCAUUUUAUAAAGAGAUGUUUAAAAUUGAAAGCACAAUUAAUCAAUUAAUUUUUGACAAUGAUGAUGUUUUGUGCACAAUGGCUAUGAGUAUGAAGCAAAAGUUCAACAAAUAUUGGGGGGAUGGAAAUAAGAUUAAUUUGUUGUUGUAUGUUGCUGUUGCCCUUGAUCCUAUAAAAAAGAUAGCAUACUUGGAGUUUUGUUUUACAAAUAUAUUUCAUGGAGAUAAGAGGAAGGUGGAUGAGAUGGUGAACAAAAUUAUUUCUUGUUUGAUUCGUUUGUACAACCAUUAUGCCACAAUUUAUUCAUCAAAUGAGAGUGUCUCGAGGGUGACUGAAGUGGAGACAAUGGUGAUUGAUAAGGAUGAUUUGGAUUCUCAAAUGGAGUCCAAUUUAAUUCAUAUUUGGAAGGGCGCUUCACUAGUGGAAGCAAGUCGGAAUUAG